AUGAAUACUAGCAGUGACAAAGCCGCCACGGACAAUGCUGCUCAAGCUGCUCAGAGAAAUGAAGAGCCAUCCGGUGCCCACAAGAAACUACUAGAUUUGAAGACGGCUAAUGCUCCCAAACCAAGCUUCAAACUGUUACAGCCAUCGUCAGAGUCAACAGCGGAAAAUAGAGAUAAACCUAUAGUCGAGGUGCCACCCAGUGUCAGCAGCGAUGGACAUAGCAACUCGGAGUCUGCUCUGAGUGUACUUGCAGAUGAUAAGAAGGAGGUUCCAGAGCUCAAAGCCUUGCCUGGGAAGUCUGAAUAUGCACUGGUUAAAGAUCUUUCAACCAUCGGUCCAAGUGUUAUCAUCGUGAACAUGCAUCAGAUUGUGGCUGCCACGGGUGCACCCAAUGGUGCUUCUCUAGAAGUUCCAAUUGCUUCGAAAGCUGUCCACAUUUACCAACGGCCAUCACGCUCUUCAGACGCUAGUUUACCAGGUUACGCAGUUCAGCUGGAUAAUCUUCUGGAGGCUGUUGAAUGGGGUGGACGCAUCUUAAGGCCAGGCAUCGUCAAUCCCCUGUCCCGGAUGGUUGUAGGGACUAUGCAACCUGAGAGCGGUUUCAUUGCAAGCCAAGACCCUCUCACAAGUAUCGAUCGCGCCAAGUACUACGACUUACAGAAGCACGGCGACAUUUUUGUUUGCGAUCUGUUUCAGGAAUCAGCGGUGCAGCCUACCAGCUCGUCUACCACCAUCACUCAAAUGGAGUCGGUGAAGACAGAUGGUCAACCGCCUGAUGUCAGUAUGGACACCAAGCUUCAGUCCAAGGCACCGGAUCUCCAGUCGAAGGACUUCAUUGAUCUUGUCAAGAAGGCAAUGGGUUUUGGCACUGAGUCGACUGAUCAAGAGGUUGUAGAUACGAAGGCCGACUGUGCGAUCGAUGCUCUUAAGAAGCAGAUUUUGAUAGAGCGAUGCCGGGAGUCUUUACGUGCAGAUGGAUGGAAGUCUGGGGAUAUCAAGAGUGUUGAUACCUACAAGGUUCCGUCUCGACUGGAAGAGCCAGAUUAUGCGCUCUUCGCGGGGUCUCAGUUCAACAUCAUAGAGGUCGUAUACAAGAAAGUGUUUCAUAUCUCCAAAAUGACUGUGAAUAUCUACAAGUCUCUCUUUGGCGAGAAAGCACGUAGGAACAGCCCUGAUACCAUCAGAAAAUGGUUUAACUAUCCUGAUGGGCCCGAUUUCCAGGAGUAUGCUGAGAUGGCAUUAGGCACAUUCAGCACGACGAUACAGGACAUCAAAGUAGCAAAGAGAGAGGAGCAGGAGCGGAAGAGAACGAAGGCAUUGAAGGCUCUCGCAGGACGAUCUUACAAGAAGAAGACCAAGCGUGAUGAGAGUGAGAGGUCAUUGAAGGAUAGCAAAUCAUCCUUAAAGGAAGAGAAGUCAUCGUCAAGGGAUGGGAAGUCAUCGUCAAGGGAUGAGAAGUCAUCAUCGAAGGAAGGCAGGUCAUCGAAGGAAGGAAAGUCAUCAUCGAAGGAAGGAAAGUCGUCGAAGGAAGCCAAAUCAUCAUCGAAGGAAGGGAAGUCAUCAAAGGAGGCCAAGUCGUCGAAGGAGCAGAAGUCAGGCUCAGAUGAUGAGGGUCAGUUGCGUAGGAAGGGCAAAUGUCGGGUGGAAUCUUCAUCUGAGUCUUCAUCUGCAUCGAGCAGGAGUCAAUCACCUGUGGAGCUUCACAAGAAGAAGAAGAUGAAGAAGGACAGUGAGCACAUGGCCUCUAGUUCGACGAAGAUAGUGCGGUAUGUCGAAGUCCACUCUGAUAACUUGGACAGUGAUAACACAAGCAUCUUUCAUGGCAGUUCCGAGGAUGAAGACAGUUCAUAG